AAACGAUAACCUCACUAUUUUUCUGACAGCAGGACGCGUGUUUCAAACAACAUAUUUAACAAAAAAGAUUUUUUCUUCACAAAGCGCCUGUAGCAACAUGAGUUUAUAUUGCUGGGGAGCUAAUAGUUAUGGACAAUUGGGACUUGGACGUUCAUCUGAACAGGAGCUAGAGCCCAAGGAGGUCUCCUUGAAGGACUGUGAUUUGAAAGCUGAUGAAAUUGUGUCGGUGGCAGGAGGAGCUGGUCAUACUUUGAUCUUAGAUGACAAAGGAUUUGUUUAUUGUUGUGGGUGGAAUUCAAAAGGCCAGUUGGGGCUUUCAGAUGAUACAUUGAAGCUCACUCAGAUCGAAAUUUUGAGGGGAUUCAAGAUUGUCCAUGUAUCAUGUGGUUGGGAUUUCAGUGCAGCAGUGUCAGAGUGUGGGAAACAGUUUGUUUGGGGCAACAAUGGAAAUACCCAGCUUGGUCUGUCAAAGAGCAUAACUUGCACUGGAAUACCAUCAAGGCUUCAGGUAUCUCAAAAAUUAGCCACUGGAUUCAGGCAUGUGAGUUGUGGUUUAAGACACUGUGCUAUGAUUACUAAAGAUGGGGGACUUCUUGUUGCUGGCGCUGGAUCCAAAGGCCAAUUAGGAUUAGGUGAUAACUAUGAUGAUAACAAUUAUUUAAGUAUAUGCAAAGUUCCUGAUCUGGAAGAUGUGAUUAGUGUGGCUAGUGGGCAGCACCACACAAUAGUUCUUAAAGAGAAUGGUACAGUACUUAGUUGGGGUGAGAACAAAUUUGGACAGCUUGGUGUUGAUCCUAAUGUAGCCAACAGUUUUGUUCCCUUGGAAGUAUUUAGCCAAGAGGGCCUGAAGUCUGUCCAUGCUGGUUGGAGUCAUAGUGCAGCUCUCACAGAGAGUGGGGAUGUAUUUACUUGGGGUCGUAAUACCUAUGGCCAGCUUGGAGCUGACAGGGAAGUGCCAUACAAACCAGAAAAAAUACCAACUUUGAAAAAUGUCACCCAACUGUCUCUUGGGUCAGAGCACAAUUUGGCUCUUACCAAUGAUGGGAAAUUGUAUUCAUGGGGGUGGAAUGAGCAUGGUAGUUGUGGAUCAGGUGGUAAAACUGAUGUGAAAAUACCUACUCAAAUAUUAGCCAACAAAAGAGUUAAAUCUGUUUUUGCUUGCACUGGUAGUUCAUUUGCUGUUGUUGAAUAGCAUUAAGGUAUAAAAUUCUCAUUGUGAACACUCCUGUUCAUAAGUAUUUUUAUAAAAAAAUAAAUAAAAUAUUAAUUGUAUUCUGUAUUUUUAUAAUAAAAAGUGUUUC